AUGGCUGAGGAUCUGGAUAAGCCAUUGUUGGAUCCCGAGAAUUUCAAUCGGGAAGGAAUCGAUUUGGAACGGUUGCCCUUGGAAGAAGUUUUUGAACAAUUAAGAACAUCAAGGGAAGGACUUUCAUCCGAAGAUGCUGAAGCAAGAUUGAUGAUUUUUGGCCCCAAUAAGCUUGAAGAGAAGCCAGAGGACAAAUUUCUGAAAUUUCUUGGUUUUAUGUGGAAUCCAUUAUCAUGGGUCAUGGAAGCUGCAGCUGUGAUUGCAAUUGUCCUUGCUAAUGGUGGAGAACAAGGUCCAGAUUGGCAAGACUUUGCGGGGAUUGUUUGCUUGCUAAUAAUCAAUUCCACAAUCAGUUUUAUUGAAGAAAACAAUGCUGGGAAUGCUGCCGCAGCCCUUAUGGCUCGCUUAGCUCUGAAGACAAAGGUUCACAGAGAUGGUCAGUGGCAGGGGGAAGAUGCAGCUGUUUUAGUACCUGGAGAUAUUAUUAGCAUAAAGCUCGGGGAUAUCGUUCCUCUGAAAACUGCUGAUGCCCGCCUGCUCGAAGGGGAUCCAUUGAAAAUCGACCAGUCAGCUCUUACUGGAGAAUCUCUACCAGUCACCAAGAGAACAGGUGAUCAAGUCUUUUCGGGUUCAACAUGCAAGCAUGGAGAGAUUGAAGCUGUGGUUAUAGCAACUGGAGUUCACUCUUUCUUUGGAAAAGCUGCACACUUGGUUGACUCCACUGAAGCUAUAGGACAUUUUCAGCAGGUCCUUACAUCCAUUGGGAAUUUCUGCAUUUGUUCCAUAGCUGUGGGAAUGAUUAUUGAAAUCAUUGUGAUGUUUCCCAUACAGCACCGAACUUACAGGGACGGAAUAAACAAUCUUCUUGUUCUCCUAAUUGGAGGAAUACCUAUUGCCAUGCCCACAGUUUUGUCUGUAACACUUGCUAUCGGUUCUCAUCGACUCUCUCAACAGGGUGCCAUUACAAAAAGGAUGACAGCAAUUGAAGAAAUGGCAGGCAUGGACAUUCUUUGCAGCGAUAAAACUGGAACUUUGACUUUGAACCGCCUCACCGUUGACCAAAAUCUUAUUGAGGUCUUUAACAAAGACAUGGACAAAGACACAAUUGUGUUGCUUGCAGCUAGAGCAUCAAGACUGGAGAACCAGGACGCUAUUGAUGCAGCCGUUAUCAACAUGCUUGCCGAUCCAAAGGAGGCACGUGCAAAUAUCACGGAAGUGCACUUUUUGCCCUUCAAUCCAGUUGACAAGCGUACUGCAAUUACAUACAUCGAUCCUGAUGGUAAUUGGCACAGAGCCAGCAAAGGAGCUCCAGAACAGAUCCUAAAUUUAUGCCAAGAGAAAAAUGAGAUUGCUGGAAGAGUGCAUGCCAUCAUAGACAAAUUCGCCGAAAGGGGUUUGCGAUCACUUGGAGUUGCUUAUCAGGAAGUUCUAGAAAAAUCUAAGGAGGGUCCUGGAGGUCCUUGGACGUUUUGUGGACUGUUGCCCUUGUUUGAUCCUCCAAGACAUGAUAGUGCUGAGACCAUCCGUAGAGCUCUAAACCUUGGCGUCUGUGUUAAGAUGAUUACCGGUGACCAAUUGGCCAUAGCAAAGGAGACGGGUAGAAGACUUGGGAUGGGGACAAACAUGUAUCCAUCGUCUUCAUUGCUUGGUCGAGAGAAGGAUGAACAUGAAGCUCUGCCAGUGGAUGAGCUCAUUGAAAAGGCCGACGGCUUUGCUGGUGUAUUCCCCGAACAUAAGUACGAAAUUGUGAAGAUUUUACAAGAGAAGAAACACGUGGUGGGGAUGACUGGAGAUGGUGUAAAUGAUGCACCGGCUUUGAAGAAAGCAGAUAUUGGAAUAGCAGUGGCUGAUUCUACAGAUGCUGCAAGAAGUGCUGCUGAUAUAGUCUUGACUGAGCCUGGCUUAAGCGUGAUUGUCAGUGCAGUCUUAACUAGCCGAGCCAUAUUCCAAAGAAUGAAGAAUUAUACGAUAUAUGCCGUCUCCAUAACUAUAAGGAUUGUGCUUGGCUUCGCGCUCCUUGCAUUGAUUUGGGAGUAUGACUUCCCACCUUUCAUGGUUCUCAUAAUAGCAAUACUAAACGAUGGAACCAUCAUGACUAUUUCCAAAGAUCGGGUAAAGCCUUCUCUAAGGCCUGACAGUUGGAAACUCAACGAGAUAUUUGCAACCGGCAUUGUCAUUGGCACGUAUCUUGCUCUUGUCACUGUGUUAUUUUACUGGGUCGUAGUUGACACCGAUUUCUUUGAGACACACUUCCAUGUUAGAUCCUUGUCUGGGAAUACCGAGGAAGUGUCAUCAGCCAUUUAUCUUCAAGUUAGCAUAAUCAGCCAGGCUUUGAUAUUCGUCACGCGUAGUCAGAGUUGGUCUUUUCUAGAGAGGCCUGGAGUUCUUUUGAUGUGUGCAUUUGUGGUUGCCCAACUGGCGGCAACCUCAGUUGCUGUCUAUGCACAUAUAAGCUUUGCUUAUAUUAGAGGCAUUGGAUGGCGUUGGGCUGGAGUUAUAUGGUUAUAUAGUCUGAUAUUCUACUUACCUCUUGACAUUAUCAAGUUCACUGUUCGUUAUGCAUUGAGUGGAGAAGCUUGGAAUCUAUUAUUUGAUAGAAAGACUGCUUUUACUUCUAAGAAAUACUAUGGAAAGGAAGAUCGGGCAGCUAAGUGGGUACUUUCUCAGAGAAGUCUCCAAGGGUUGAUGUCUGUAGAUUUGGAAGCCAAUGGAAGGCGCAGCCGUAGAUCUUCUCUGAUCGCUGAACAAGCCAUGCGCCGCGCUGAAAUAGCCAGGUUGGGGGAGUUACACACUCUAAGAGGACAUCUAGAGUCGGUAGUAAGGCUUAAAAAUUUGGAUUUGAAUGUGAUCCAAUCAGCUCAUACAGUCUAA